AUGGAAGAUUGUUAUGUGGCAAUUGAAAUUGUUGUUGCAAUGAAAGGAUAUUCAAUAUUUCCUGCCAACGAACCACCAACCAAACAAUACAAGAAAAAACACAUAAUAUGCACCAUUCAUUACUUUCCAAACAUUUUAACAUCACUAUUAAGCAGAGAUAUUUACACUCACAAUCACGAUUUACAACGUAAUUAUCAUGAUUUUUAUCCAGUUCCAGGAAAAAGCAAAUGUUCUGUUUCAUCAACAUUUCUGAUCGAUGACUCUGGAUCAAGGAAUUAUUUUGAUGAUAACUUGAACAACGACAAACACAUUCCUUAUAGUUUCAGAAAUUAA